UGAUAGCCUGACCGAGGAGAUGCUGUUCACAGUGGCUUCCUACCUCCUUUACAUGAAGCUUAGAUAAAAACAAACACACAAAAAACAGAGUAGAGGAGAAGUUGCAUGCUCUCUGGAGACACUGCUGGGUUUUACUGGACACACUCAGGGGGAGCUGGGGUUGUUUUAAUUUGCCCCCCUCGGACGCUGCCAUGGGUUGCUGUUACAGCAGCGAAAACGAGACCACAGAGCAGGACCCUGAACGUAAGCCGCUGAUCCCUCCGAACCCUGUCAGCAAACCUCCAAAUGGGACAGACUGGAUCACUACCACUGUCCCGUCCGCGCGGACAGAUGAACAGGCCCUCCUUACAUCCAUCCUCACCAAGACAGCACAGAACAUCAUUGAUGUCUCAGCAGCUGACUCUGUCAUGAUGGAGCAGCAUGAAUACAUGGACAAAGCUCGGCAAUACAGUACAAAACUUGCUGUGUUGAGCAACAGUCUGCCCCAGAAGAAAGCUCUUGCUCUCCCCUCCCUCACCAGCCAGCCCCACCAAGUGCUUGCAAGUGACCUGGUGCCAUACUCAGAUAUUCAGCAGGUGUCCAAGAUAGCAGCUUACGCUUACAGUGCAAUCUCUCAAAUCAAAGUGGAUGCUAAAGAAGAACUGGUGGUGCAGUUUGCCAUUCCUUGAUUCUGCAACUCUGGCCUGCAUAUUCUUUCUCCCAUCCCGCACUCUCUAUGUCACUUCUUGCAUCCUCACCCUCCAGCCCACCCUUUAUAAAAGCAUUGUGGUCCUUGUGCUUCUUAGCUAUAUGCCUCUAACUUGCUACUAAGGCAGAGACGAUAUAAGGAUUGCACCUCAAAUUGCACCCUGUGGCUGUUCCUUUACUGUACUUAAUGAUGGAUCAAUGAAAAGUAGUCAUCAUGGGCAACAGAAGAUGGCCUCCUCUCUACUUAAUGCCUGGAUCACAGCCUUUGUCUGAACCGGAUGUGGGGGGGGGGGGGGGAAAUCAUCAUUCAUCCUUCUUGAUGAUCUCUAAUAGUUCUAAAUGGUUUUCAGAGCCUUCUCAGUGUGUGUUUUUGCAGCCUGUUUUUUUUUUAUAACCAGGCAAGCAAGGUUAGCUCCACAUCCCAGACUGUUAUCCAAAGGCAUGGAGGAAUGUAAAGUAUAUUAAUUUAAAACAGCUUAAGGAGUUUUUGGUGCAAGGCACUCGAUACAAUCUCCACCGGAUGAAGAGAAAUGAGGACUGUCAUGAAUUAAUGGUAAUAAUGGAAAUUAUAACAGUACCACAGAGUAAUGGCUGAAUACAUUAGCUACUUACAGUAUGGAAAUGUGCCACAAUGCAGAAGGGUUUGCACUUUAUAUGUCUUAAACUCUGCUCUGUUGUCCUGGGAUGACACUACCCCAUUUCUCAAACGUUUGUUUUGCACAACAUAAAAGCUGUAAGGGAAAAAAAUAAAAAAUUGGAGCCAAACAAAGGUGCAGAAUGUGGCAACAAACCUGUACAAGAACCAUUAAUGCACCAUGGCUUAAAAGUAAAUUUCAUUGACAUUUCACAGUAAUAAUGUAAACAAAAAAUGUAUUAGUAAUUCAUAUCGAUCUGGUAAUAUGUAGUCCAGUGUGUGAUUAGUUAGUUAAGUUAAAGGCAAAAUCAUGAGGCUUCAGUGCUGGUAAUCCUCUGGUGGGUGAGGAUGCAAACAUGAGUAGUGGGAGCCGGGUGGGCCAACUAAUAUCACUGGAGGCGAGAAACAGAUGGAGCUUUCUUUGGGCACAAGUGCUCGAGUUUACAGACAGUAUGGUGUCCUCUGCAGUUUUCUAGCACAAAAAAAAAGAAAAACAUUGAGCUUGCAGAUUCUUUGAUCCAAAUCUCAGAACUUCAUGCCAUAAAAGAAGGGUGCGGGUAUGUGGAGGGUGCAGGGGACAGAUGACGUGUAUUCAUGCCUUCUUUGUACAGAAUUUUCUGAUUGAAUAUAUAUAUAUAUAUAAAAAAAAAAAACAUGAUGGAUUGUAUGAAGUUCCUCUUUUUGUAGAGCGUUGACCGGCCAGGAUUGGCUAAGAUCUUGUGGUGGUAAGAAAAUGUUUUUAUGAAACACAAGAACACUUUUAAGGCCUGCUUUUGUUAGCUUUUAAACAAAGCUUCUGCUGCAGAUUGUAAUAUGAUUGAGUUGUUCAUAUUAAUCAGAAACUAACCAUUGUAGCAGUGUGGGAGAGUGUUAACAAUCCAUGUACAAAACAGAUAAAAUGAUCCGAGACCUUUUUGUGAUUAUUUAUUUGUGUUUUUAAAUGUAUUUUUUGCUCUUUUGGAGGAGAGCAGAAGACUGUAUGCGUGGGCAGCGAGCACGGUGAGCCGCUCUUGAAUCUCUAAAGGGAUGGUCUGCAAGGCUGUGAUUUUUCUUUUUUGUUUUGUCAACCACGCGAUUUGAUUUGAGCUUUUUUUGCAAUGGGUUCUUGGCAUUUUUUGUCUGUUUUGUUUGUUUCUCAAAUGUGUAUUACUACCUGGAAUAUGUUUGUAAUAUCUUAGGCUAGUACCAAAAAGUUUUAAAACAUUUUUUUGGUUGUUUUAUUUUUGGUUUAGUUAAUUCAUUAAAGACUUUCAACAUAA